AUGCCUCCCUCGCUGGCCAGGCCCCCUGACGGGGGCUGGGGCUGGGUGGUGGCAGGGUCUGCGUUUGUAGUGAACGGGCUCUCUUAUGGGCUGCUCCGCUCUUUGGGCCUUGCCCUCCCUGCUUUUGCAGAGUACUUUGACCGAAGUACCCAGGACACUGCGUGGGUCAGCGCCAUCGCUCUGGCUGUGCAGCAGGCUGCCAGCCCAGUGGGCAGUGCUCUGAGCACCCGUUGGGGGGCACGUCCUGUGGUGAUGGUGGGAGGUAUCAUCACUUCCCUUGGCUUCAUUUUCUCUGCUUUUGCCAGCAGCCUCCUGCACCUCUACCUUGGCCUUGGCUUCCUUGCCGGCUCUGGCUGGGCGCUAGUGUUUGCCCCAGCCCUGGGUACUGUCUCUCGAUACUUCUCCAGGCGCAGGGUUCUGGCUGUGGGGCUAGCCCUGACUGGCAAUGGGGUGGCCUCCUUGCUCCUGGCCCCAGUUCUGCAGCUCCUCCUUGAUGCUUUUGGCUGGCGAGGUGCCCUGCUCCUGCUUGGGGCCACCACCCUCCAUCUCACCCCCUGUGGGGCCCUGCUCCGGCCUUUGGCUCUCUCUGGAGAUCCUACUACCCCACCUCACAGUCCCCUCAACGCUCUUGGUCUCACCCUGUUCACCCACCCUGCCUUUGCUGUGUUUGCACUGGGGACAACCCUGGUGGGAGCUGGUUACUUCAUUCCCUAUGUGCACCUUGCCCCCCAUGCCCUGGACCUUGGGCUUGGAGGAUAUGGGGCAGCUCUGGUGGUUGCUGGGGCAGCAGUGGCAGAUGCAGGAACCCGACUGGUCUCUGGGUGGCUGGCAGACCAUGGCUGGAUCCCUCUUCCACGGUUGUUGGCCAUGACUGGGGCACUGACAGGGUUGGGGCUGGUGGCAGUGGGGUUGGUGCCGGUACAAGAAGAAGGGUGGGGGGGAACCCUCCUGGCAGCAGCAGGAGCCUACGGGAUGAGUGCAGGUGCAUUUGCUCCACUGGUGUUUGGUGUCCUGCCUGGUCUUGUAGGGCUUGGAAACAUCUUUCAGGCCACAGGGCUGAUGAUGAUGCUGAUGAGCCUGGGGGGACUCCUGGGCCCACCACUUUCAGGUUUCCUCCGGGAUGUGACAGGUGACUUUAAAGCUUCCUUCCUUGUCUGUGGCUCCUUCAUCCUUUCUGGCAGCUUCAUCUACCUGACACUCCCUGGGGCUCUGCCUCCCUGUCACUCUGCUCCUUCUCCUCCAACCCCUCCUCCUGAGCAGGGAGAGCUCCUUCCUUCACCUGAAAGUGCCGUCGUCUCCCCAAGAGAGCCUCAUUCCAUCCCAAAUACUACUUGUUGA